AUGUUCGCUGGAUUCAAACGGCGUAAAGGCCGUGGAUCUGAAUUCAAAACGGAACAAGAACCAAAGCUGGAAUCAGAUCUGUCAACUAAAAAGCCAAAUGUGGCAGAGACCGCGGUGGACGAGGAAAACCUUCAACUCAAGGGAGAUACCGCCGCCAUAGAACAAGAGACACAAGAAAACCCCGAAAUCGCUGCCUUACCCCAUGCUGUGCGACAUCUGAUCAACUUGAAUGACGACCCGACCCUACCGACCAUCACCUUCCGUUACUUUGUGCUCUCCGCUAUUUUCGUAAUCCCCGGUGCUUUCCUCUCUCAGAUGAGCUAUUUCCGCACCACCAAGGCACCAUACUCCAUCUUCUUUGUCCAAAUCGCCUGUCACUAUGCCGGUCACUUCAUGGCCCGAAUCCUCCCAGCCUGGAACAUCGGUAUACCGGGUACUCGUUUCAAGUUCAGCCUGAACCCGGCCCCCUGGAGCAUCAAGGAGCAUGUCUUGGUCACACUGACCGCAGCUUCGGGUGCAACCUACAACUUGGGAUAUGCCCCGAUCGUUCUGGCCGAGCUUUGGUACGGCACACGAAUCAACCCGGCCGUUGCCAUCUUCUUCAUGCUUUCGAUCGUCUGGAUUGGAUACUCCUUUGCUGCUCUUGCCCGUCAGAUCUUGUUGCCGGACCCCGAAUACAUCUGGCCGCAGGCCCUGAUGCAGACAACUCUCUUCGAAACUUUCCGCAAAACCGACAACUCGUCUGCUCUCGCUCGGCGACAGAUGAAGGUCUUCUUCUUCGCCUUGCUGGGAAUGACCCUGUGGCAAUUCCUCCCUGAAUAUGUCUUCCCAUUUACCUCAUCAUUAGCAUUCCUCUGUUGGGUCGCACCUCGUAAUCCAGUGGCUAAUUUCAUCGGCUCCGGAAUUGGUGGUAUGGGUUUCCUGAACCUCUCGUUGGAUUGGUCAAACGUCAACUGGAACGGAUCCUCGAUCAUGACCACCCCAUUCUGGACACAGGUCAUUCUUUUCUUGGCUUUUGCUUUCAACUGUUGGGUCCUACUUCCUGCAGCGAAGUGGGGCAAUCUUGGUUCCUACAAGCACGGACUCAUGUCAAAUACCCUGUUCAUGGCCAACGGCACUGCAUACCCGACCCUUGAUGUGAUCACCCCGGAUUAUCACCUUAACACUACAGCAUAUGAGCAAUACGGGCCUAUGUACAUGGGUCUGCAAAAUGUCUGGGCAACAUUCUUCGACUAUGCCAAACUUCCGGCAGCGGUCACCUGGAUCUUGACAUUUGGAUACGCACAGGUUUCUGGGAACAUUCGACGGAUUUGGGACUCUCGCAACCAAGAGAAGGACAAGACGGCCCAAAGCAUUCAUCACCAGUAUCAUGAUCGUCUCAACGUGAUCCAGAGACAAUACAAGGAGAUUCCAUGGUGGUGGUAUGGCAUUUUGUUCACGGUGGCCUUUGUCAUUUUGAUCAUUUUCCUCGCCCUCGGACACUUGUUCAUCCCAAUUUGGACCUUGUUUGUGGCGCUUGCUAGCGCUGCUGUUCUGGUCAUUCCAUUCGCCUGGCUUUACGCCAUCUCCAACUACCAGCUGGAGACCGGUUCCUUCAAUGAGCUCAUGUACGGUUAUAUGGUUCAUACAAAAGCCGGUUCGAGCCACCAGCACCCGUGCGGCCCUUCGGUUUAUGGAUCGAUUGCAGGUGAUGCCUGGUACCGCGCGCAGUACAUGCUCCAGGACCAAAAGAUUGGUCACUACAUGCACAUCCCACCUCGUGCUGUCUUCUUUUCCCAGAUCUUUGGAACCUGCAUGGGUGUUCCAAUCAACUAUGCCGUGAUGCGUUGGAUCAUGAGCACCAAAGGCGAUUACCUGACCGGCAAAGUCACUGACCCUCUGAACCAAUGGACUGGUCAAUCAUUGCGCAACUCCAACACAAUGGGUAUCCAAUAUGCUGUGUUAGGACCUAAAAGGCUGUUUGCCGAGACGGAGAUGUCCAUCCUUCCCUGGUCUUUCCUGAUUGGAGCAGUGAUUCCUCCUAUCCUUUUCGUUUUCCAUCGAUUCUUCCCUCGUCUCCGCAUUGAAUUGUGGAACGUGAGUAUCUUCUUUGGUGGCCUGGCAAUGUUCUACGGUAACAUUAGUACUGGAUACACAUCUGCCAUCAUCGGUGGCUACAUUGUGAUGUACUGGGCUUACCGUCACCACUUCGAGACUUGGAAACGAUACAAUUACUUGCUUGCUGCUGCUUUUGAUGCUGGAUUCAAUCUUUGCAUGCUGCUCAUUUUCUUCUUCUUUGGAGCCGGCAAGCAGAUUAGUAUGCCCGAGUGGUGGGGAAAUAACGGCACUUCGGUUGAACGAUGCUUUGCUCUCGACAGUGAUUGA